AUGCAAGACAUCCAUGAAUUCCUUUCUGAUCUGAAUUCAAUGAAGCCCAAAGAAUAUGCGUUAAGAAUGUAUGACUCCACUGGAAAACUUGGGAGCAACGUGCUUCACGGGAACAUGGACAGGCUGGGGUCGUACAGCGAGUGCAUCUCCGCCCAGGCGGAGAGCGGGGGCUUCCAGGGCCAGUACUGCAAGCUUCAGCUUCCGCAGGGUGAAGUCUACUACAGCAUGGGCCUGUGUGUACCUGAUUCUUGUUCCGAAGAGGAUGUGACCGCACUGUCUCAGCUGGAUAUUUUGCGCUUCAGAGAUAUUUCCUUUUUGGCAACCUCCCUCUCUCUCUUUGCAAUAAAUUCCUCCUCCCCGGCUGCUGGGGGUGUGGCCAGAUGUGCAGCCAGGACCACCCCCCGCGACACAUUCUCUGCCGUGUGCCUAUGUGGAAACGUGAGCACAGAGCAGAGGAGAAGUGGCUCCACGCUGCAGGGCUCCGAGCCCCAGGACAACCACCCGAGACCUGGGGGUUCACUGUCAGGGUUCCUGGAGGUGGCGGACCAUGCUCUGACGAGCUUCUCCUGGCAGAAGAACGCGCCGGCCAUCUGGACCAUGAAGACCCAGGGAAGCGCGAGCUCCGCCCUGCACGGCAUCCGGGCCCUGAGCCUCCUCUGGGUCAUGUCAGGGCACACGGGCCAGAUGACCGCCUGGCUGAAUCUGGAUAAUGUUCUGGAAUGGAGAGCCAGAGUACUUAAAAACCCCCUGUACCUUUAUUCUCGGAGUGGCCCGUUCUACCUUGGGGUUGAUACGUUUUUCCUGAUCAGUGGCUGGCUAAGUGCAAAGUCAUUUUUAAAAAUGCAUCAGAAUUCAGACAAAGGAAUAACUCUUCAUAGUGCACUCAGAUACCUUUUCAAUCGCUUUACAAGGUUGCAGCCCCUUCACCUGUAUUCCGUGUGCUUGCUGGUGGGGCUGUUCUCCCUCGUCCCCUGGGGACCCAUCUGGGAAGUGCCCAAGUCCCACCUGGAUAACUGUCGCCAAGCAUGGUGGACCAACCUGCUGUUGCUGAACAACUUCCUGUCGGUCCAGAGGGCGUGCAAUGGCUGGACGUGGUACCUGGCCGCCGACUUCCAGUUCCACCUGGCCACGCCGCCCCUGGUCUUCAUCCACGGAAGAAGUAAACAUGUCCUUCUCUUCCUGGGGGCCGCGCUGUUCCUGGCAUCUUCCACAGCCUCGGCUCUGCUCACACUGGCUCAUCACCUUCCUGUGGCAGACCCGACAGAAGCAAGCGAGGAUGUAACUGUGCUGUAUUUCGUGGAGUACUACACCAAGCCCUACUGCCGGUUCGGGCCAUUCCUCGUGGGUCUCCUGCUGGGCAUUUUCAUGCACCAAAACCAUCCGACAGGCAUCCUCAAAACCAAGGUGCAGGCGCUGCUGGGCUGGGCCUGUGCCCUCCUCACCCUGCUCAUGGUGGUGGCGCUGGCCUACGCCGUGGAUGACGCCCCAGCAGGCUCCUCGGCCCCCGCUGCCCUUUACCAGGCCGUGCACCGGGUGCUGUGGGCGGCGGCCGUGGGCUGGGUGGUGCUCGCCUGUGCUGACGGCUACGGAGGUCCCGUGCACCGCCUGCUUUCCUGCGGCAUCUGGAGGGCCCUGGCCAGCAUCAGCUACGCUUGCUACUUGGUGCACCCCAUCCUCAUCAUCCUCUACAACGGGCUGCAGGAAACGCUGAUUCACUACACGGACAUCAACAUGUUCUAUCUUUUCUCGGGACACUGUUUGCUGACUUUCCUCUCCGGGCUGGUCCUGACGCUGUUCAUCGAGAAACCUUGGCAGGAGCUGAAGCGGGGCCUGCUGGGGCCAGGGCCUGCAGGACCGUGAGGGCCCAAAAGCAUGGGUCACCCUUUGCUGGUGGGGAUGCCCGAAGAACAGGUGGUCUUGCGUAUGUCGUGAAUGCUGUGUUCCUGUGUGUGGGUUUGAUUGUGUGAACAUCCCGGGGAUCAAGUUGCCGAGUGUUUUCCAUAGAAAAGGGGCCUGCCUGGUGGUGCAACGGGUUAAAG